AUGGCCUCGAAGGAAAAGCGCGAUAAGCAAACCGCGGAUGCAUCGGUUUCCAAUUCCAGUCAAAGCAUCUCAGCCAACACUCUGGCCGAUCAAGUAUCUUUAACUUUGUCGUUUGCUCCAAGCAGUGACAGUAAAACCAGCGGAGAAGUUAAACUUAAUGGACAGUCUGAUCUCGCUGAGAGCGGAAAGAGUAGCACGUAUAGACCAAGCACGAGCAGUGAUAUCAGUGACGAGAGCACAUGUAGCAGCUUAAGCUGGAACAACAAGCCUCACAAGGCGAAUGACGCCAGAUGGGAAGCAAUACAAGCUGUCCGGGCGAAACAUGGUGUUUUGGGUGUGAACCAUUUCAGGCUCUUGAAGAGGGUAGGGUGUGGGGAUAUCGGAACUGUCCAUCUUGCUGAGUUGCACGGAACAAGGUGCUAUUUCGCAAUGAAAGUCAUGGACAAAGCAGAUUUGGCUAGCCGUAAAAAGCUUCUUAGAGUUCAGACCGAGAGAGAGAUAUUGCAGUGCCUUGACCACCCUUUUCUCCCAACUUUGUAUAGUCAUUUCGAGACCGAUAAGUUCUCCUGCUUGGUUAUGGAGUUCUGCCCUGGAGGUGACUUGCAUACCCUCCGACAGAGACAGCCCGGGAAGCGAUUCUUGGAACAAGCAGCAAAGUUUUAUGUAGCGGAGGUACUUCUUGCUAUGGAAUAUCUUCACAUGCUUGGGAUCAUAUACCGUGAUCUGAAGCCAGAGAAUGUUCUUGUGAGAGAUGAUGGACAUGUGAUGCUUACUGAUUUCGACCUCUCCUUGAGGUGUUCUGUUAGCCCCACAGUGGUCAGAUCAACUGCUCUUGUGUCUGGAAACUUGCAAAAGAAUUCGGGUUACUGUGCACAACCUGCUUGCAUCCAACAGCCAUCUUGCAUUUCCGCUUCUACGACAUGCUUCUCUCCGCGGUUCUUCUCAAGUAAGUCCAAGAAGGACAAGAAAAUGAAAACCGAAACUGGAAACCAGGUGAGUCCUUUGCCUGAGCUCAUUGCUGAGCCGACAAGUGCACGCUCAAUGUCAUUUGUUGGAACACAUGAGUACUUAGCUCCUGAGAUCAUCAAAGGUGAAGGGCAUGGGAGUGCGGUUGAUUGGUGGACUUUUGGGAUCUUCCUGUAUGAGCUAUUGUUUGGUAAAACCCCGUUUAAAGGAUCGGCAAACCGAGCAACACUCUUCAACGUUGUUGGUCAGCCUCUGCGUUUCCCUGAAUCUCCAGUUGUCAGUUUUGCUGCGAGGGAUUUGAUUAGGAGUCUGCUUGUGAAGGAGCCUCAGCAUAGAUUAGCGUAUAAGCGUGGUGCAACUGAGAUAAAGCAACAUCCUUUCUUCGAAGGAGUGAAUUGGGCAUUGGUUCGAUGCGCAAGCCCACCAGAGAUACCGAAGCCGGUUGAUUAUGAGAGUGCUCCUGCUUCUCCGGCAGCAGCCACGUCGAGCAGUGUGAAGUCUGAUCAGAGUAACUAUCUGGAGUUUGAUUUCUUUUGA